CUCCCUCCGUCGAUGCCGCCCGCCCUCUCAGACGGUACUGUCAUUAAGUCAUCUGCCCCCUUUUAAGCCAGCUUUUUUAAGCAAAUAUCCACAUUCUCACCACAAGCUGCACCAGCAGAGAACCCAUCUAUUCCCUCACAGAACAGGAAAGCAAAGUGACCUGACGUCAAGAUGGCAGCAAAGGGAGCUGGCAUGGCGAACAAAGGCCCCUCCUACGGCAUGAGCCGGCAGGUCCAGGAUAAGAUUGAGAGCAAGUACGACACGGAACUGGAGCAGGUUCUGGUGGAGUGGAUCUCCCGCCAGUGUGGCUCUGGUGUCGGAAGGCCAGAGUCAGGCAAGGUUGGAUUCCAGGCGUGGCUGAAAGACGGAUGUGUCCUGAGUGAGCUGAUUAAUACUCUUUUUCCCGGAGACAAACCUGUGAAGAAGAUACAGAGCUCCACCAUGGCCUUCAAGCAAAUGGAGCAGAUCUCUCAGUUCCUGAAUGCUGCAGAGAAGUAUGGCGUCACCAAGACAGACAUGUUCCAAACUGUGGACCUCUGGGAAGGGAAGGACAUGGCAGCAGUGCAGAGGACCCUGUCGGCUCUUGGCAGCUUGGCUGUCACCAAGGAUGAGGGCACCUACCAGGGCGACCCAAACUGGUUCUUCAAGAAAGCACAAGAGAACAGGAGAGAUUUCACAGAUGAUCAGAUGAAGGCAGGAAAAAAUGUAAUCGGCCUCCAGAUGGGGUCCAACAAGGGAGCCAGCCAGGAGGGCAUGAGCUAUGGAAGGCCGAGACAAAUCUUGUAAAAUCACCUAAAACCUCUUAAGUCCCAUCACGCUGAUGCACAUUACUCCAUCGUAAGAGCCUGUAAGAACAAAAGAGGUCCCUAUUAAACCCAUCGUUGCUUCGUAGUGUGUUGACAGUAUUUUUUACGAAAUAAUCAACAAAUGAACCCCCCUAAGCACAAACCCCACUGCUGACUUCCGCAGAGCCUCACCUCGCUUUAUGUCCUCACUCCAUUUGCAGACAGCUGAAAAACUAAAAUGGCCAACAUAAAAGUGACACCGCUUAAAGGAGUCCUGCAACUUUGUCACGUUUUGUUGAAGUGACUCUACAGUAGAAUAUAUAUGACAAAAGAUAGCAUAUGACAUAUGACAAAAUGCAUGCUUCCAUUUCCUUCUGAAAUAUUGUAACACCAUUAUGGGGAACCCUCAUUCAUAUCUCCAACUCGCUCUAUGCCUGCUGUAUCAGCACUAAUAUCUUUUGUACAUUUGCAUAUUAAAGAAUGACUGGGAAAUAUA